GUAUGACUAUGAUCCUUCUUCGAUAGGGUUUAUUAGUCCAGAAGUCGAGGGUUUCGCCUAUCUUGCAAUUCUCCGGUAAAGAGAAAGACAAAGCUUAUCAUAGUAGCCAUGGCGAAGCCAAGCCGUGCUAAAGGGGGAUCUCCAUCUGGUUCUUCAUCCUCAAGGUCUCGUUCACGAUCUUACUCUGGUUCCGAUUCUCGCAGUGCUUCUUCUCGUUCUCGCUCUGGUUCUCGUUCUCGCUCCUUUUCGUCUUCUUCGUCUCGUUCUCGCAGUGUUAGCUCUCGCAGCGCCAGCCCUCCUCAGCGUAAAAGUCCUGCUGAGCCAUCAAAGCGAGGCCGUUCUCCACCAACACAGGCUAAAAAGGCUUCUCCGCCUAGAAAAGCUUUAACUAUUGCUGAGUCCAAGGUCCUCUACAUCAACAAGCUCACAAGGAAUGUGAAUGAGGGUCAUCUUAGAGAAAUUUUUAGCAACUAUGGUGAAGUUGUGAAUGUAGAGCUGGCUAUGGAUCGGAUGGUCAAUCUUCCUAAAGGAUAUGCAUAUGUGGAGUUCAAGACAAGAGCUGAUGCUGAAAAGGCCCAAUUGUACAUGGAUGGAGCUCAAAUUGAUGGGACUAUUGUUGUGGCUCAAUUAACCUUACCACCGAGUGAUAAGGUAUCACCUGCCAAAGCUGCUGCACCCGCCAAAAAAGAUGUUCCUAAAGGUGAUGGAGUGGAUAUUGGGAAGGAUGUACCAAAACGAGCAAGAGAAGCUUCUCCACGUCCAAGGAGAUCCCCUGUUCCUCGUAGAGGUGUGUCACCUAGAAGAAUGGAUCCUCUACCUCGUAGACGUGGAGAAUCUCCUAUCCGUAGAGAAUCUCCUUUCCGCCGAGGAGAAUCACCAAAACGAAGGCGACCUUUGUCUCCGAGAGGCCGAUCUCCAUCUCCAUUUAGGCGGCCAAGAUCACCUGUGAGGGGAUCCCCUCGGAGGAUGCGAGGAAGUCCGGUUCGUAGACGAUCUCCCUUACCCCAACGACGACGUUCCCCACCUCCUAGACGAGCGCGGAGCCCUCCUAGAAGGUCUCCUGUAGGCCGUAGACGUAGUCGCUCUCCCGUUCGAAGGAUUGCUCGAUCACGCUCAAGAUCAGCCUCACCUCGCAGAAGACCACCCGUUAGAAGAGGUAGAUCGUCUUCGGGUUCUCUAUCUCCGAGUCCAAGAAGGGGUCCACGCAGGAUUUCAAAGAGUCCAAGAAGGCCAUUGAAAGGGAGGAGCAGGAGCAGGAGCAGUAGCAGAAGCCGAAGCAGCAGUGGAUCCCCUCGUAAACCAUAAGCUUCUGAUGAUGUAUGAGAGUUAGAUGUCAACCUUUUACAUAGUAUGAUAUGAUGAUGGUGGUGACCUUUUCUCUGCAGAAUUGCUAUGUAAUCUGUGUUAUCAAGUCUUUUAAAUUCGACUCGCGGAUUAUUGCUGCCGAAACAUAAAACUAUUUGCAGUUGUGUAUUGCCCGUCUAGACUUGAUGAGGUUAUCUUUAGCUCUAGUGUUGCACUUGGAUUGAAAUUUGUAAGUUGCACAUAUACAUACACUGCUUGGCUUGCAUAUGCGCAGUAUUCAUAUUUGGCACUCAAAGUUGAUGUGGAUUUUGAUUGUAAUGACUUUUAAUAUGAAGCAUUCAGGAGAAAUUUUAUGUUAGGAAGAAUAUGGAAUUCGUCAUGG